AUGUUAAUAAAAAACAAAUAUGGAAUUUUCUUUUCCUUGAGUAAAAAUGUAAUAAUAAAUAGUAAUAGGCAAUUAUUUUCUUUUAAAAAAGUAUCAAAAAUUAACUUUAGCAAUUCCCUGGAUGAUAAAAAUAACGGAGUUACAUCUGAACAAUCGACACAUUAUAGUGGUACAAAUGAAUAUAAAGAUUUUGAAAAAACAGAAGUAUAUCAGACCUUGAAAAUAAAAAUUAAAGAACUACUUGAACAAGAGAAAAUAGUUCUCUUUAUGAAAGGGACACCAGAAAAGCCCUUAUGUGGAUAUAGUGCAAAUGUAGUCCAUAUACUCAAUAGUAUGAAUGUGAAAGAUUAUGUAUACAUUGAUGUGAUGAAAAAUAACAACUUACGUGAAGCUAUAAAGAUUUAUAGUAAUUGGCCAUAUAUACCCAAUUUAUAUGUAAAUAAUAAUUUCAUAGGAGGAUAUGAUAUAAUAUCAGAUUUAUAUAAUAAAGGAGAGUUGGAAAACAUUAUAAAAUAA